GUUCGCCAGAUGCCUCGCUACUACCCCACUGAAGAUGUCCCACGCAAGCUGCUGAGCCAUGGCAAGAAGCCAUUUUGCCAGCACAAGAGAAACCUGCGGUCUUCUAUAACCCCCGGUACAAUUCUCAUUCUUCUUACAGGAAGACACAGAGGCAAGAGGGUGGUUUUCCUGAAACAACUCCAAAGUGGCCUCCUGCUAGUCACUGGUCCUCUGGCUCUAAACAGAGUGCCGUUGCGCAGAGCUCACCAGAAGUUUGUUAUUGCCACCAAAACAAAAAUGGAUAUGUCUGGAAUUAAAAUUCCCAAGACGUUAACAGAUUCCUACUUCAAGAAGAAAAAGCUUCGUAGACCAAGACAUCAGGAAGGAGAGAUUUUUGAUACUGAAAAAGAGAAGUACCAGAUUACUGAGCAGCGGAAGAUUGAUCAGAAGACUGUUGAUUCCAUGGUUAUGACUCAAAUCAAGAAAGUCCCACAGUUGCGUGGUUACCUGAGAUCCACGUUUUGCCUAUCCAAUGGUGUUUACCCACACAAACUUGUCUUCUAAAGCUGUUGUACAAUAUGACAUAUUAAAAUGUGCAUUUGACCUUGA